AUGACGCAGAAGGGUAAAAGCACUAUACCACCAGAGUGUCUAGUUGUAGUUGUCUUAGAUGCAACAUAUCGAUUAGAAGACCAUUAUGAAACUAUUUUUGGAACUUAUUUGAGGCCGAUACUAAAGGAACAGGAGGAUAAAGAAAAGAAAGAAAAAGUGUGUGGUCUCGUUACCUUUGGUCAUUAUGAACCAUAUUCUACUAUACCUGUAAAAUCUCAUUAUUUUGAAAGUUUUACGCGGUUCGAUGAGCUAAUAUCUGAAAUAGAGUUUUUAAAUGGGGGCAUAUAUGAAAACGCAGUAGCUGAAGGUUUAGUCGCAGCUCUUGAGGUUAAUCAAGAUGUAGAAGUUCAUAAUGCUACCGAGGUCAUAAUUCCUUCACAUGUCGUAAAGUUGGCUAAUUUCAAACUUACAUUCUCGCAACCAAAUGAAGCGGCAUCUGACAAAAAAAGGAAAUGUGAAACUUCAACAUCAACAAAUGACACAAGCAAUAACGACAAGUCACCAUCAUCAACUUUGACCAGUUCAUCACCUGAAAGCAAAAGAGUUAAACUCGAAAUACCGGACGAACAAUUGCCUAAUUCAACGGUUCAACAAUCGCUACCCACGGAGACCCCAUCUAAUCCAAAAGAAUCUAUGACCAUUGCUAAACCUAUACAACCACCGUCUUCUAAACCAUCUCAAGCAUCUAAUCCUACAAUUCCAAAGGCUUCGACAUCAAUAAAUAAUAUACAACCACAAAUGACAAUCCCACAAGAUGCGCUCGGACAUGCUGCAAAAACACAACCGUCUGUACAACCAACGACGCCAAUACAAAUUCAACAUCCUCCUCCAGUAGGUACUGCACCAAUACAACAACAACCAAUACCAAUUCCAGGCACUCAACCCAUGCGACCUCAAAUGCCCAUGGGACCAAGAUUUCCUGCUGCUGCUAUGAAGGCUCAAUUUCAGGCUCAAUGGAAUGCAAUGUCUCCAGAACAACGUAGUCAAUUCAUAACAAUGGCGCAAGCAGCGGCAGCUAAUAAUACUCAAGCUCUACGCCAAAAUGGACAGCUGCUUAGAACACAAGUAGCAAAUAAUACUACGCAACAAAUGUUGAGGCAACAAAAUCAAUUUUUGCAGAAUGAAUUGGCUGCAAGUCAACAAAAUCUUGCCGAUGCUAUAAUGAGAAGUAAGAUGACUCAAUUGGGGCAAAAUAAUUCAGCUACUCGUGUGACUGUCGGCUCGCAAUCUAUAAAUAAUUUUGUGACAUCACCUUCUGCACUCAGUUCUGACGCACAAUCCAUAAAUUGUUUUGUGACAUCACCCACCGUUGGAGGAACCGUAAACCCACAAACUUUAGGUACUGCAAGUACUAGUUUUUCUGCGCCAACUCUUAAUAUACCAAGCAUACCAACAUCGACGCAAGGCGGACAGAUAUCUACAACGACUGUCGGAACAUCUGUAGCUUCAGCACUUGGGGUCCAAAUUCCCGCAAAAACUAUGGCUUCUACAAAUCUUAACUCUAUUGGUACUAGUGCCUCUUCGAGUCACAAUGGUGCCCAGAUACAAGUUGCUAGCACAACCAGUGCAUCAGUAGGGCAACCUCCAGUAUCAUUAGGGACAAAUAUUAAUCAAGUUCUCCCGAAUAUGCCUCCGAAAGUAAACGCAUUGUGGAGUGGUCAUAUUGCAUGGUCGGCCAAUAGUCAACAGACUGGACUAAAACGCGAGCUUACUUGUCAUGUGACUGCUUUUCCUGGCAAUCAACGAAAAACUGACUUUAUGAGAGAUGUUGCAGCUGUACAAAAUCCAAAACCUCAUGUUGUUUCAUUUCUGCCAACUCCAAACCCCCAAGCAUCUCAAGCAUCCCAAGACAAUCAUAGUACAUUUAUGGUGUUAAUGCGUAUUUUGGAUAGUAAAAAAUUGGCUGCUUUCGUACGUUUCUCUCAUGCGCCUAAUCCAAACGGAGGAAUAGUCCUUUUUACAACAGGGACGAUGGCAACAGGGUUAAAACUUGUCGGUUUACUUUUCUUAGACUCACCAUUGCCAACAAGCGUAACUGUUGCUUCUCAGCCACAACAAACGCAAACACAGCCACAGCAAACACCGCAAUCAACCCAACAAGCCCCGACACUACAAAUGCAGUUAAUGCAGCAACAACAACAAAUGUUAAUGCGUCAACAACAGCAACAGCAGCAGCCAAUUCAGGUUACACAACAAAUGAUGCAGUCACAGGCAUUACAACAAAUACAUCAGCAGCAAACAAUGCAAAUGUUGCAACAAUUGCAACAACAACAGCAACAAAAUUUGCAACAAAAUUUGCAACAAAAUAUGCAACAGCAAAUGCUUCAAAGACAAGUUAAUCAGGCUGCUGCUGCCGCAAUGCUGCAACAACAACCAUCUGCUUCAGACAUACUCAACUUUCGUCGUAGAAUGCAAUUAUUACAGACAGCGCAAGUUGCUAAUCCAGGUGAGUUUUUGGUUAGCCUGAUGUUAAGAUUAUGA